CGAAGAAAAUACCAAGAUCAAAUUUACUGAUAUGACCGUUGCAAACUUAAAAGAUCAAAUUUCUCGCACAAAAGAAGUUAUAGAAGAUAAAAUAACCAAAAUGAAUCUUUGGAAAGUCGAACUCACGACUUAUGAAGCUGAUAACCUUUCUGCAGAAGAUAUUGAAAGUCAUGAAAGGAGCGAGAAGAUGGUUACUACGUCGAACCUCGAUAAAUAUUUUAACAAUAACGAAGACAAAAAUCCUAAAAAGGGGUACCUUCAUGUCUUCAUAGUCCCCACAGCCACUGAUCUCGGGAGGAAAAGGAGGAACACGGAAGUAGAAACAACAAGUAGAAAGAGAAGAAGUUGGGCGAUUAAUAGUACCAUUGCUAAUGAAUUGCGUGAUUCAGUAUACUUUGUUGAUACAACGGAAACGAGUGGACCACUUCGUGACAUGAUUCAGAAAGGAGAAUUCGUAGCUUUAUAUGGUACACGGGCUUCCGGGAAGUCUACACGAGUGGAUCAAGCUAUUUUUAAGUUGAAAAGCGAAGGCUAUGUUUGCAUUUAUGUAACUUUGGAAGGAGUAAAUAUUAGUACCACGGAUAUAUUCUGGUCGUCAUUGGGCACUAAACUUGCCAUUAAUGCUCCAAACUAUUUUAAAUAUAAUGAAGUCAAAUCUUCCGAUGAUUUCAUGUUUAAGUUUCGGAAAAGUAAUUGGGAAUCUGAUGUUGUUUUCUUCAUUGACGAGUAUGAUGUAUUACUUGAAGCAAAUGAUGACAUUAAAUCCUCAUUCCUUGGAACGAUCCGUAACAUUAAAAAUUCAAAAAGAGACUAUGCAAUAUUGUCUUUUGUAGCCAUCGGUCCCCUAAGCAUUUUAUUUCUGAAAUCAGACAAAAUAAAUGUUCCUCCAUUCAACGUUAUUAAGCCAUUUAGGAACCCAAAUUUCACUCUGGCACAAGUGGAGUCAUUAUAUAAAGAAUAUGAGGACGACAACAAAUUGACCAUUGUUCAUUAAGGAUAUUAUGAACAGACGAACGGGCAUGCUGGCCUCGUCUGCCUUUGUGGCAGGGCUAUCCAAAAUAACUUAGAAAAGAAACUUGACGAAAGUAGACGUCUUGACUUCACACUCUGGUCAAACUUUCUUGCCACUUCACGAGUGACAGAUAUUAUGAUUAGG